CUCCCUCUCACUAGAUGUCAGUCAAAACAGGAAGUUGAAGUACGUUGCAACUUUCAUUUUCACAAAGAUUAGUGUUGGCAGUAUGUUGCUACAGGUGUUAAUUCUGGGCCUGUCUUCGGUCUUCUUAUCCCAGGCUGUUGAUGUUGAUCCCAAAGGAUAUAUACUGUAUUGUCCUUGUAUGGGUAGAUUUGGAAACCAAGCAGAUCAUUUUCUGGGGGCACUUGGAUUUGCCAAGGCUUUAGACAGGACUUUGGUACUACCUCCAUGGGUAGAAUAUCAUUUUCCCAAACCCAAGUCGGUUCAGGUGCCUUUUGACACUUACUUCAAGGUAGAACCACUAAGGGCAUAUCACAGAGUCAUGACAAUGGAAUCGUUCAUGAAAAAGCUGGCCCCUACCAUCUGGCCUCCAAAGGACCGUGCAGUGUUGUGUUACCAGGCUCGAUAUGGCAGCGCAGAAAAAAACAGUUGUAAUGCUAAGGAAGGAAAUCCAUUUGGGCCGUUUUGGGACACCUUCAACAUCGACUUUACAGGCUCCAUAUUUUAUGGUCCCCUUGGUUAUGAUUUGAUGAAUCUUCAAGAAAUGAAAAGAUGGAGAGACAAAUUUCCAGCAUCACAGUACCCUGUGUUAGCCUUUACUGGCGCUCCGGCUGCUUUUCCUGUACAAUCCUACAGCGUCCAUCUUCAUCAAUAUCUCAAGUGGUCAACCAAGGUAGACACCAAGGCAGAAAAGUUCAUCAAGGAAAACUUUCCCGAGGGAGCAUUCAUCGGAAUCCAUCUUCGCCUCGGUUCAGACUUUGUAAAAGCUUGUGAGCACAUGAAAGAUAGCCCAUCAAUGUUUGCAGCAGCCCAGUGUAUUGGCUACAGAGGAGAGUAUGGUAAAACUACAAAGGAGAUGUGCUAUCCGUCUGAUGAAACAAUUGUACGCCAAGUAAAAAAUGCAGUCAAACGCAUCAAGGCUAAAGGAGUGUUUGUGGCUACCGACAGUCGUGAUCUCAUUGAUAAAAUGUCGAAGGCCAUGAAAAACGUAAAAUUUGCAAAGCUUUCGGAGGCGAACCCCCAUGUAGAUUUAGCACUGUUGGGAAAAGCUGACCACUUCAUAGGAAACUGUAUAUCAACGUUUACUGCGUUUGUUAAACGUGAAAGAGACAAUAACAACAUGUCAUCAGAAUUUUGGGCAUUUAAAAAGAAAAGUCAUGAUGAGUUGUGAUUCAAAUGUACAUGCUUAUGAACACAAAUGUUUGCAUGAACAUUAUUUUUUUAAAUGUUAUAUUUUAUAAAAGUUUACAAUUUUUCAUAUACCUCAUCAUGUUUUCACUCAAAAGAUUAUUUUAUGAUACUGCCAAUGAUAUAAAAAAUCCAGAUUUCAA